GUGGAAUCGGCUAUGGUGGAGCUCCACGCGCGUCUGGAUGGAGCCGUGAAUGUGUAUACAAUGGAUCAUCGAGGUACAGGUCGCAGUACACUAUUGGAUUGCGUUGCAGCGCAAGCAACUACAACGGGGUCCCCUUGGGGUAGCUCCAUUAAAUCGUCAGAAGUCCCAGCGUGUGCUCAGGCACUGGAGAAGAAGUACGGCAACCUCUCUUCCUUCUCCAUCACAAGCGCCGCGACAGACGUUGCGACUUUCAUCUCCAGCUACUCGAACGGUGCCAAUACUAUCGUCUAUGGUGUGAGUUAUGGCACUGCGUUAGUGGAGCGCGUUAUUCACUUGGACCCACCGGAGGUGACUGGGUAUGUUUUAGACGGCGUUGCCACGAGUUCGGGGGCAUCUGCGGACAAAUUCGAGUACUUUUCAACUUGGGAUUCGGACUUUGGCGACGUGGGGGACGCGUUCUUGGCGCUUUGCGCGACUCAAAGCGACUGCAAUAGCCGAUUCCAGACGAACACGCUCCCAGUCACGCUUCAGACUCUUAUUACAAACUUUGACAACAAUCCCAAGUCCACGUGUGCUGCGUUGAUCACCAGCGCGUACAGCGACCAGAACAGCGGCCCACCGUCUUACAUUCUACGACGAGCGCUGGGGUCGCUGCUUCAGAGCGCGAAGAUGCGGACGUUGAUCCCUCCCGUUGUGUACCGAUUGGAUCGCUGCGCUUCACAGGACGUCGACGUGUUGACCCACUUCUUCGCGUUCUUGAACAAGUUCGAGGGCUACCCAGACGAGGACAACGCCUUCGAGUCGACGCUGCUCUACUACCUCAUCGUAUUCUCCGAGAUGUGGGAGCGACCGCAGCCCUCCAUCUCCGAGAUGCUGUCUCGAUUCACCAGUACUCGAAUCUCAAACGGAGGGACGUACACGGACAUCCCGCAGUACUGCGCGUUCUCAAAAGAAAGCUCAACAGUGUGCGACCAUCUCAACAUCGGGAACUACGAUGCGAACGGGAUUAUAUACGAGCGCGACGAAUACUGGAACAAGAGCGCUGCGAUCCCCAGCCAAGCCAGCGUCUUGUUGCUUAGCAGCAAACUGGAUCCACAGACCCCUCACAAAUACGCCGAGUAUCUGCUAGAGGCUCUUGACGGCGAACAGAAGGAGUUGGUCACCUUCGAGUAUGCUACCCACGGUACAGUGUGGACGACCCCUUUGGACGAGAGCGACGAGGACAGCGAGACGUGCGGUAUGAACCUCCUCGUGUCGUAUGUGAGCGUUGACGGCGAUUUGGAUGCGCUGGACAAGACUUGUGUGGACGAGAUGCCCGGCCUUAGCCUGACACCGCCGCUUGCGUAUCAGUACUACUUCCUGAGCACGGACGAUGCGUAUGACGGAGAAUACGAUGAAAGUCUGGCUGCUCUUGUCAUCAGUUCAAGCUCUAGUUUAGCUGGCUCUGACAGCAGCAAUACGUUGGCCACAACCACCAAGGAAGAUGCGACAUACAAAAUAGUCUUCAUCGUGUUCCUGGUGCUCUUCGUGGUGGCGUCGGCGAUUGCAGUCUUCUUUGCGUACCGAUGGUACAAGCUCAAGCACCAGAAACCAGCGAGCAGAGAGACCGAGGACUUGCCGGAGAAUAUCACUGUCUCGACGCCAGCUGAAGUGGCUUCGGCAUCCCCAGAACUGGCGACUUCCUUCUCGACGCAGCGAGUUUCGUAG